ACACACACACACAAGCUCGAUCUCCUCGCUAAUUUUUUUACUUUCUCUCCUAACGUUUGCCUGACGCGUGUUUGACCAUUGGAACAAAAUUCUGCCCCAUGACUGAAUUGCAAUGUGAAACUUUCCCCUAGUCGUACAAUUGCCAAAUUUGCUGUCAAUUUGAUUAAGUAACUGCUGUCGAAAUGAAAAAGUUACAAAUACUCCGAGUGGACAACGACUCGGUACAAACAGUGGACUUACGGAUAGGCGAAAACCUCAUAGGCCGCGGUGUAACGAGUGAUUCUGACGACGACCGGGUUGUGAAACAUGCCAUAACGAUAAACGUAAAAUCUGAGAACGAAAUUACCUUGACGCCGUAUCAGAUCGCCCCCUGUUACGUGAAGUCUAUCGAUUCUACGCGAUGGCAACUUGUUAAAUUGGGUACCACGGUUCCGUUGAAACCCGGAGACAUGUGUUCUCUGGUACCGGAAAAAUGCUGGUUCAAAGUUCAAGCUGUGGCGACCAAAAUGGAAAGCAACGAGGAGAACACGUUGAAACGAAGAGUUGACGAAGAUACGGAGUCUGUGCAUACGAAAAGGUUUUGUUCGGAUUCAGGAGAAGGUGAUAACGUCCAUUCCUCUUCGUGUCACGUGUUGCACGAAACGACCGACAAUAACGGCACGAUUGAAAUAGAUGAAGAGAACUUAUCAUCUGACAGAGCCGAAGAUCAAAUGCAGGAGUCGAACGGUAAUUCGAUGGGUUCGACUCAGUGUACAGGGAUAGGGCCGUCAACGUUGAAAGAAACUGGCUCAUCGGAAAGUAGAUUGAAAGGCGCACGUGCUCGAGAAACCUCGAACUUGGCUCUUGCGAGCCAAGAGAAUAAAGAAGAUCCACGAUCUUCUGUUCAAGAGGUUCAACGACUAGAAGAAGCUUUGAGCAGUGCAGUAACGAAUGUUAGAAGAGAGAAAUGCAAAUAUGGAAAGGAUUGUUACAGGAAGAACCCGCAACAUAAAGCUGAAUUUAGUCACGUCGGUGACCCUGAUUAUGACAUGCCCGAUGACAGAGAAGAAUGCCCUUACGGCAUGAAGUGCUACCGUAAGAAUUCUGAUCAUAGGCAACGGUUCAAACAUACUGUUAUGAAUAAACGUAACGAACGAAAUCGUCAGCAACCUCGACUACGAGCAACUUUGAACAAUUUCACCGAUGUAGAAGAUUUGUCUGGAGAAGAAUCUGUCGACGAAUCCGUCGACGAGUCCGAAUACGACCCUUCGACCGAUAUCGACAGUGAAUAUGAACUAGACGACGAAAGCGAUUAGGAACUAAAUGAUUAAU